GGUUAUGUGAUAAUACUUAAAUCUGAUUGGAUGUCGGGCUCACGGAGUUUUCAAAUCUACGCCGUAACAAACGGAGCUGUCAACAGCAGCGACGGGAGGACACACAGACUGCCUUCUGGGGACUGCAGCCAUGAGAACAAAUGAGUUUUCCUCAUCUGAUGAGGAUGAGGGAGAGGAGCAGCUGACUCCUUUAUUCGUCUCCUGGUUGCCUCUCUCUGUAGUGGGGAGUUCACAGUUUCUUGGCAUAUGUGCACUGCCAGGCUGCAAAUACAAAGAUAUCCGCAGGGACCUUAGAAGAGAUGUUGAGGAGCUUCAGAGUCAGGGGGUUCAGGAAAUCUUUGUUUUCUGCACCAGAGGGGAGUUGAGUAAGUACAGAGUACCCAGCCUGCUGGAGGUCUACCAGCAGCACGGCUUCAACAUUCACCACGUGCCCAUCCCAGACGGAAAUGCUCCAGAGUUUGGACAGUGCUGCCAGAUCCUGGAUGCACUGCAGCACAGCCUCAACAACAACAGGCGGACUCUGAUACACUGUUAUGGAGGCUUAGGACGCUCUGCAUUAAUCGCUGCCUGUCUGCUGCUGCACCUCUCUUAUACGAUGACUGCGAACAAAGCCAUUGAAAUCCUCAGGGAGCACAGAGGAGGAGGAGCGAUACAAACAGUCAAGCAAUACAACUUCCUCCAUGAGUUUCGGGAAAGGUACACCACUUACCAAGAAAGCAGAGAGGAUCUAGAGCGCUCAGUGUCCCGGUGAUUGCAUCUCAUCUUCAAAUCGUAAACAUCAUCAAUCAACGACCCAUUGUCUUUUCUGAUUGUGUGUAAUAUAAUAGUAUUCUCCAAUGUGCACUUUAAAAGAAUACUCUAAUAUAUUUCUUUCUUGUCCUCAUUAUGAUCAAAUUAAAGCGUGGAUGAGGAAACGCCACUGGUGUUGGAAUUGUCAUGUUUCCUGUAACUAAUAGAUCAAUGGGAGUUAAACUGGAUGAAUGUUUCUACUAUACUUUCCCUUUAAUGACACUGACCUUUCCUCCAUUUCACUCCACACCAUUUCUCUCUUGCAUCAUCUGCUCAGAUCAUGGUUUAUACUAAAACAUCAUAGCAGUACAAUAUUUAACUGUGAAACCCAGUGUCCCACAGGCCUUGAACUCUAAAUCAUGUAUUCAUGUCUCACUCUCAAUAGCAAUUUGGUAUUCAGGAGGAUUUAUUUUAAUAAACUGUAAAUACUAA